AUGAUUAGACGAUCUAAUAUCAAAUACCUGGUGUUAGUCUUACUUGCAAUAUACAUUCUUCAUUGGUCCUUUACAGGAACUAAUCUAAAAGUAAGUUGGUCAGAACAGCCAGAACCGUUAGAAUCGCAUAAAAAUUUGAAGUUAGAUACAAAAAUAGAACAAAAAGAAGUUACUGUGCCUGAUAAUACUAGACAAAUAGGAAAAGCGAAUGCAUGCUUCGUAGUAUUGAUUCGAAAUAGUGAUUUACAUGAAUUCAGAAAUACUAUGAGACAACUUGAAGACAGAUUUAAUCAUAAAUAUAAUUACCCAUAUGUAUUUUUGAAUGAUGUCCCGUUCACUGAAGAGUUCAAGAAACUUACGAGCGCUCUGACUAAGUCAAAAACUGAGUAUGAUAUGGGAAUUCUUAACGAGAAAUUAGAAGAAAUGAGAAAAAAUGAAGUAAUUUAUGGUGAUAGCCCUGGUGUUCAUUUUUACUGUGAUAUCGACUUUGAUCCGUUUGCCUACGUUAGAGACCAUGAUAUUAAAUAUGCUUUCACUAUUUCAAUGUAUGAAUAUCAAAACACUAUACCUACUCUUUGGGAUACCGUCAAAGAAUUUAUUAAACAAUAUCCACAAUACAUUGAAAAAGAUAAUUUAAUGGAUUUUCUAUCAGACGAUAAUGGCGAAACAUAUAAUUUAUGUCAUUUUUGGUCAAACUUUGAAAUUGGUGAUUUGAAUUUUUGGAGAAGUGAAACAUAUUUAAAAUUCUUUGAUUUUCUCGAUAAAAAGGGUGGAUUCUUUUACGAACGUUGGGGAGAUGCACCCGUUCACUCAAUAGCAGCAGCUCUUUUCUUGAAGAAACACCAAAUACAUUUUUUCAAUGAAAUCGGAUAUAGACACGAUAAUUUCAUGCAUUGUCCUAAAGACGAUAAAUUACAACUUAAAUGCCAUUGUGAUCCUAAUGAAAAUUUUGAUUUUGAUGGGUAUAGUUGCACCGGAAGGUGA